AUGGUGAAACAGAUAGUGAUUGCUGAUUCGUUUAGUGAUUUACUGAGUCUGGGAGAUGUUUUUCCUGUUAACUGUCAUUUUAAUCAUAUUCUUUUGCACAAUUUUUCUGAUCAUAGAUCCUUUUGUUCCCCAAACAAUUAUUUUUUUUUUCCUUUUUGCCCUUUGGGUCCACAUCUGCAUUUUACUAUUUCUGUUGAAGAAGAAAAAGAAAGAUUAAGUAGGAUGGAGUUGGACUAUAAACAGGGGACGGAAAGCCACCAUACCAUGGUCAAUAUUGUGCCAGUUUUUAAGCAUAAAUCAGAAUGUUUCUAG